AUGAUCGUCCGGUGGCCAAAAAUGGUCCGACCCGCCAGCGGUCUGUUGCUGUCGAUGCUGCUGGUCGCCAUUUGCUUCGAUCUGUCCGGUGGAUGGCGAUUUGAUCGAUUGCCUAGACUGUAUGGAGACAAGCUGCCGACGAAGGCAAUUUCGCCGCGGUUGCGCAAAGUCCAAAGGCGGAUCGUGAUGCUGCACGACUCGUACCGGACCAAGGUGCUACCACCGGCCGCGAAUAUGCUAAACAUGAAGUGGCACCACGGUGCAGCUCGGUCGGCGCAGAAAUGGGCGAACCAGUGUCGGCUGUUGACCCACGACACCCCGAAAGGCCGCUGGAUUGAUAGCUACGGUGCGUGCGGGCAGAACAUCUUCGUGUCGACACAUCGAGUGCCUUGGGUGUUUGCGCUGCGGACCUGGUUUUUGGAGCGCCAGAAUUUCACGUACGGCUCGAGCCGGAACGAUCUGACCACGGUCGGACAUUACACGCAGAUGGUGUGGGCCGCCACGCAUAAGGUCGGCUGCGGGCUGACCAAGUGUCCCCGGGGUGGUCCGCGAGGGAAGCCGUUCUACAACUACGUCUGCAACUACUGUCCCAUUGGAAAUCACGAGGAGAAAUUGGGCCUCCCUUACAAACGUGGCCGUCCCUGUGGUUCGUGCCAUUCGAACUGUCUGUCGCGGAAAAUGAGACUUUGCACCAACACCUGCAACACGGCCGAUCUGUGGGCAAACUGUCGCGAUCUGUACCGAACCUGGCCCGGCUGGCUGUGCAAUACGGCGACGCCGGAGGGUCUGGAGCGCCAGCGGAACUGCGCGGCCACCUGCACCUGCCACGGGAAGAUACACGACUGA